GUGGAUUAAAAUAAAAAAAAACGGAAAGAGCCAAAAGAGAGGCUCCAGCACCACUGUAGUUGGUUCUCUCUAGAGUUGCUAGCUAGCUUCUCGAUAGCUCCGAGAUAACCCUAAUCGCGCUCUUUCUCUCUAUAAACACCACCAUCAAAUCGCUCUAAUCGUCAAUUUAUGUGUUCUCUGUUAUUUUAGUAUGGAGGGGCUACUUGCGGACGGCUGCCACCUCGACUUCUCUUUAUUAUAGAUUGGCAGUUGCUUCUGUUUAUCUGAUCAUACCCAGCUACCAAUAUGUGGAAUUUUGCAUCCAAUUGUGUAGCCGGUAACAAUGGUUUGAAGAAUGACUCUCAUAAGCAUAGAACAGAUGCUCUUGAUUCCUCAGAUGAUGAGUUGUCUUCAUGUACAAGUAGAGAAGAGGGAUUAGAGUGUCCUAUAUGCUGGGAAUCCUUCAAUAUUGUGGAAAAUGUUCCCUAUGUUUUAUGGUGUGGUCACACACUAUGUAAAAACUGCAUCCUAGGACUGCAAUGGGCCGUCGUAAAAUUUCCCACUAUACCUAUACAGCUUCCACUUUUUAUCUCGUGCCCGUGGUGCAACCUCUUGUCCGUUCGUCUAAUCUACAGGGGCAACCUUAAGUUCCCGCGCAAAAACUAUUUUCUCCUUUGGAUGGUUGAGAGCAGGAAUGGUGAUAGAGGAAAAUCUAGUUCUGUCUAUCCUGGAGAUAAUAAUCAUGGUGGCUGGCCAGCAAACACAGAAUUGGAAUCGGAAGAGGGUCACCACCCAGAAUCAUCAAGAUCAAAUCGAAAUGUGGAUAGUUAUCUCAACGCGAGAAGCUUGAGUUCUUCCUUGCAGAAGUCCCUGAUUUUCAUAGUCAAUUUGACAACCAAAUUUCCGCUGGUACUCAUGUUUCUCCUAAUUGUGUUGUAUGUCAUACCUGCCAGCGCAGCCGUCAUAUUGUUGUACUUGCUUAUCACAGUCCUUUUCGCCAUCCCGUCUUUUCUCAUCCUGUACUUUUCAUACCCUAGUUUGGAUUGGCUGCUGAAGGAGAUAAUCAACUGAGACUUGUACACUCACUAGAUCUGUUUGUAUAGUGUGGCGCGAUAAUAUUGUUCCUUUUAUUGCAACUAAAAGCUUGUAAUUUCAUAACUUAAUGUUGUUCAAGGAUCGUUUUGUAUUCUAUUCUGUAUCAGCAAAGAAUUGAACUUA